AGUUGUCCGUGGGGACAUCAGGAGUCAUAGCUACAUUUCUGACCAUACCAUUCUGAGGCAGUGGAUAUAUCAACAGGUAGCACAUGCCCUGAGGUGCAGCUGAGAUGUCACGUCCCCACCGGAAUGCCUCCACCAGCCACCUUUUCUUCAGGAGGCUUUUAUUUGCACUUAUGACCAUACACACAGCAUUGGGGGGAGACAAGACAGAAAGGUGCGACGGUCGAGACUGCAGCGUCUGCCAGUGUUUCCCCCACAAAGGAGAGAGGGGGAAUCCUGGUGUGUUAGGUCAGCAGGGCCCACAGGGGCCUCGGGGUUUGCCUGGCCCCCGAGGACUUAAUGGUGAAAAGGGUCGAAGUGGACCCGUAGGAUUGCCUGGGGUCUCCGGCCCGAAAGGAGACCAGGGAUUUCAAGGAGAAAAAGGCCAUGCUGCAUUAGAUGGAGUGCCUGGUCAUCCAGGGCCUGGUGGUCCUCCUGGGUUUCCAGGGAAGGAUGGCUGUAACGGAGCCAGAGGGAAAUUAGGGUUGAAUGGUGAGAUAGGACGACCCGGGCUCCCAGGAGCCAAGGGACUACCUGGGUUAAAAGGAGCCAAAGGAGACACGUCUACAAGUUUAACUUUCAUUCCUGGUACACCUGGUGAUGAUGGACUUUCUGGAAUCUCUGGACCACACGGAGACCCAGGAAGGUUACUACCAGGACCGAAAGGAGAUGAGGGCGACCACGGUCCUCAGGGUGAACCAGGUCCAUUUGAAUAUGUGGAGCCUAACCCAGAAGACUGUGUAAAAGGCGAUAAGGGGAAAAAGGGACCGAGAGGAAUUUGUGGGGUACCUGGGCCAGAGGGUUGUGAAGGGCCGCCGGGAGAAGAAGGACAGAAAGGCAUAAUUGGGCUCUCUGGUCCCAGAGGUCCAUGUGGGGAUAUUGGUCUUCCUGGUCUAUGUGGCAUCCAAGGGCCAAAGGGCUGCUCAGGUGACCCCGGACCUAAAGGAAACCCAGAGUGCUAUUACAACCAUGUGAUAGGACCACCUGGAGAUCGUGGGCUUCCUUGUGCAGCGGGACUUCCUGGGGAUAGAGGGAUGCCGGGUAUACCUGGACCCCCUGGUGAUUCAGGAGCAUGUAUAACAGGUCCAGAGGGUGAAUGUGGUCUGCCAGGUCUUAAUGGACUGAAAGGAGAAAAAGGUGACCCAGGAAACCUAUGCGGGUCACUCUUAAAUGGGGAACCUGGAAAACCGGGCUGCCCUGGACCCAAAGGACAAUGUGGAAAUCCUGGGAAUUCUGGUUACUACUGCCUGACUGGUGAACGUGGAGAAACUGGACAGGGUGGAUAUAGAGGGCCUCCUGGAUUAAAAGGUGUUCAGGGAAGAAAAGGUCCUGAUGGGGGAUGUGCAUGUGACCCACUUGGUGAUUUACCAGGAGAUCCGGGCCCUCCAGGGCCUCCUGGUGUCCCUGGUUGUCCUGGGAAAACAGGCUGUCAGGGUCCUCCUGGCGAUGUUGGACCCACUGGAAAGAUGGGUUUGAGAGGUGUAGCUGGUCCCAGAGGCUUCAUAGGUGUCAGAGGGGCUAAAGGAGAGAAAGGAGAUGUGAUGAUGAUGUGCAGAAAGGGGGAUAAAGGUGAUGAAGGAUCUGUUGGAUCAUGUGGAAAACCAGGAUGUAGUGGGAGGGAAGGAGCUGAUGGGAAGAUUGGUGCCCCUGGAGAUCCUGGACCUAUGGGAGAUUGUAUUGUUGGUCCACCGGGUGACAGGGGGUGUCCAGGGGCUGCUGGUGUGAGGGGUGUAAGAGGUCCAGCUGGUCUUCCUGGCCCGAAUAUGAUGGGGUCAGUUGGGCGACGGGGGCAACAAGGGUGCCAAGGACCUCAAGGCCAGACGGGACCUCCUGGUCCUAAAGGCGUUCAAGGUGAUACACUGCCCUGUGGACCUGGCAUACGUGGAGCCCCUGGUUGCAAAGGGAUGCCUGGUUGUAAAGGUGAGAAAGGUAAGCUUGGAAAUCCAGGAUGCAUCGGACAGAAUGGACCAUGUGGUCCCAAGGGAGAGAUUGGAGACCCUGGUGACUGUAGGGUAACAGGUCUUACAGGUCCAGUUGGAUGUUCAGGAGAUCCUGGUGACACUGGCCCAGAUGGCCAGAGUGUUUGUGGCUCUCCUGGCACACCUGGCAAUCGUGGAUGCCAGGGUCUGAAAGGGUGUUCUGGCGACUGUAUUACAGGGGCUCCAGGACCGAAAGGGCCCUCUGGAAUUCAGGGAUGUCAGGGCCCUAAAGGUGUCCCUGGACCUACUGGACCAAAUGGAUUGCAAGGUGCAUGUGGAGUUCCUGGUUUUCCUGGUAGAAAAGGGGAAAACGGAAUAGAUGGUACACCAGGAGCCCCUGGUUGCCCAGGUGGGAGACCAGAGCACUGUGACAAAGGACAAGCUGGUCCACCUGGUAAUACAGGACCACCAGGCUUCACUGGACCAAGAGGGUGCCCUGGAGAGAAAGGAUCGCCCGGGGAGCCAGGAUCUUCAUGCAUUGGAGCCAAAGGACAAUGUGGUAUGCUUGGUACCCCGGGCAAUCAAGGAUGUGCAGGCCUUCAGGGACCUCCAGGAUUCGAAGGGGACUGUGGAAACCCUGGAUGCCCUGGACCAAAGGGUUUGCCUGGAUGUCCUGGUCAAGAUGGCUGUCCUGGUAACAAAGGGAGGACUGGCCCUUUAGGGCCUCCUGGACCGAAAGGCAUCAGGGGUUUCAGUGGAUAUCCAGGUUGCCCAGGGGUAAACGGAACCAAGGGCCAGAAAGGAUGCAUUGGACCUCCAGGACCUCUGGGAGACAUAACUCCAGUGCUAUUGAAAGGCCAGGUAGGGCCACCUGGACCUGGUGGAGAGAAUGGUUUCUGUGGAGAAAGGGGUAAUAAGGGGGACCCAGGUCCACCUGGACAACCUGGGUGUGCGGGACGUAAUGGACCUCCUGGGUCUGAAUGUGGCCAGUGUGGACCGGCAGGCAUUCCUGGGCUGUGCGGUGUGCCUGGUGCACGUGGGCAGCGUGGGCCAAAGGGAAUUGUGGGAUUUCCAGGUGAUAAUGGUGAUCAGGGUGAUCCUGGAUCGUGUGGUCUGCCAGGAACCCCUGGUUUCCCUGGGUUUGAUGGUCCUAAAGGUGACAAAGGUGAAUCUAUUUGUGAGCCAGGACUAAUAGGUGAGAUAGGGCCAUGUGGAGACAGAGGCGUGUCAGCUCCUCCUGGUGGUGAAGGAGACUGCGGUGACCCUGGCCCACAAGGGCCUAGGGGAUGCUCUGGUCCACCUGGACCACCUGGAAACAAUGGCCUGACUGGACCUCCAGGAGUCGUUGGGCCCCCAGGUCCUUGUGGAAGACAUGGUCCAGAAGGUCCCCCUGGAUGUCCAGGUCCCCCGGGCCCUAAGGGAAACCCAGGAAGGAUUGGCCUUAGAGGACCUCCGGGGCCCCCAGGACUCCAUGGACUGGACGGCCUGGAGGGGUACAACGGUGAAAAGGGGUGUCGAGGACAGGGUAUAAACGGUUGUAGGGGCAAUAAAGGGCUGACCGGAGACAAGGGCACUCCAGGAGACCCAGGGUUGCGAGGCCCAUCACAAACAGGUGUUCGAGGUCCCAAUGGAAAGUGUGGGUGCCAAGGAGACCCUGGUCCAAUGGGUCCUCCAGGCUGUCGUGGUCCAGAAUGUAAGACUCCUAAACAUGGACCUUGUGGAGAACGGGGUUGUGCUGGGCCAGAUGGACCUCCAGGGCCCAAGGGAGAGCAAGGAGAGGCAGGCUGUGUGUUCACAGUGAACGGGGAUUGUGGUGACCCAGGUUGUAAAGGAGACCCAGGGUGUAAAGGAGAAAGAGGAUCGUGUGGGCUCAGUGGCCUCCCAGGGUGCGAAGGACUAAAAGGUCCAAAAGGUGAAAGAGGACAAUGUGGACUUAUGGGCCUUCCAGGACUCCCUGGCACCAGAGGCGAUUGUGGCCCCCGAGGACUCUGUGGUCCAAAAGGAGACAUAGGGGACCCAGGGCUUAAAGGAGACCCUGGGACUGUCAUAAUUCCCCCUACUCCUUGUCCCCUUCUUCCGGGUCCUCCUGGUGCUCCUGGUGCACCUGGCCCGGUUGGUGAAGCUGGUGAACAUGGACCUAAUGGUACUGAGGGUCCAAAUGGUAUUAAGGGACAAAAAGGAGAUUCUGGGAUUUCUGGACCUACUGGGCCAGAAGGACCACAGGGACUAUCUGGAAACCCUGGAGAGAUCGGCGAGAAAGGAGCAAAAGGAUCUCAGGGACCACAAGGAUCAGUUGGUGAUGAGGGUCCUCCUGGACCGUCUUCCUCUGGCUUCCUUUUGGUGAUACACAGCCAGUCUGAGAUUGUGCCCACUUGUCCUUCGGGUCUAGCAGAGUUAUGGAACGGCUACAGUCUACUAUAUCUGGAGGCUCAGGAAAGAGCACACAUACAAGACCUGGGCCAAGCAGGUUCCUGUUUACGUAUGUUCAGCACACUACCAUUCUCCUGCUGUAAUAUGAAUGGAUGUGAUUAUGCCAGCCGCAACGACAAAUCUUAUUGGCUGUCUACAAACGCCUCAAUUCCCUCGAAUUCCACCCUGAGGGGGAUGGAAAUUCAACCACACAUCAGCAGGUGUGUGGUGUGUGAGGUGUCAUCGCCAGCCAUUACAUUACACAGUCAAGACGGGAAUACACCAGAGUGUCCAUUCAAUUGGAGAACACUCUGGGUCGGAUAUUCAUUUCUUAUGCAUACAGGAUCAGGGGACGAGGGAGGGGGACCGUCUCUGGCAUCAACAGGAAGCUGUUUGCAGGAAUUCCACAGUCAGCCGUUUGUGGAGUGCCAAGGUCCGCUUGGCACGUGCCAAUAUUCCCCCACCUUCUACAGUUUCUGGCUGACUAGAGUGAACAUGGAGCCCUUUAACUCUGUUCCUUACAGUACUGUUCUCACUGAAGAGAACCAGCUCGAUAGCAUCAGCACAUGCAGCGUCUGCGUGACUUAAAACAGUCUCUUGUGUUUUCUAAAAAAAAAAAGACUGCACUGAGAAUGCACAUCCAUAGGUCACUGGAGUGGAAUUGAUUGAGAUGCUUUUGGUCACUUAUUUUGGAGACGAUAAAAAGGACAUAAUCUGUGACCAUUUUUGUUCAACUACAAGCUGUGAACUUUUUCCUUCACCGGAUUUGUUCCCACAUAGCUCAGUCUAACAUUACUUUCUUUAUGUCUUCCCAUUUUUAUUACAUGUUGGUUCUUGCAAAAACCAAGACCAUUUGCACAAAUCUCAGUACACCAAUGUUCAUUUUCUCUUUAGUUCCUUGUAUAAGCAAGUAUUAUGUUUGUGCACAUCAAAACAUUAUCAACACUAUAUUGUAAUGCUAGUUUAGCUCUAUGGUACCAUUUUAUAGCAAAACAAAGCAGGGAUACUGAACCUUGAGAACAAAACUCACAUGAUCCAGUCAAAUCUAAUAGAACCGUCUGCUAGCUGCAGAUAACUAAAUUGCUAUUGCUGUCAGUGUACAGUAAAUGCAGUAAAUUUUUCUGUAUAGAUAUUAACAAAUUAAUGAAUUUCUUUGAUCAUUUUUAAAGAUUUUUUCAUGCAGAUUUUGCUCCUGGUUCAGGGAAACAGCUGCUUGGUUUGAAAGUGGCUUCUGUGUGUGCUGUGCUUUAAAUAUUGCUACAUUAUUAACAAUAGACAAUUGAUAUUUUGCCUGCAUUUUGCCGAACCCCUUUACUGUUUAACUCUUUUAACUGAAUUAAGGAACUAGAGGAAACCAAGACAACAUUUUUUUAGCUGUUGGUUUGUAAAACAAGGAAAAUUUAGUCAUUCGAGAGAUACAUCUCAAGCAAUGUUAUCAGUAUGUCCAUUAAGAAAAUUAACAGUGGUUUUACUCUAAAUAAAACCAAAGAAUCAUGGUUAUUCUAGUUACAAAUUAGCCAUGAUUUUGCUACAUGAACCAUAGUUUAACUAUGGUAUUUGUAGUAAAACUGUGGUCAUAAAAAUGAAAAUAAAACAUGGUUACUACACUUCUAUUAUAAUCAAAUCAGUUACUUUUUUUAAGUACUGUUUAUACUAUAAAAAUAGUUCUUCUUACUUCUGGUGUUCUGAAAGGUCUGUUGCCAGUCCCAUUCUUCAUUAUUGGACACUGUUUAGUUUAUAUAUAUGUCUAAACUAACACAAACUAUUAAAUGUAACUAACACCUUCAGUAUUUUACAGUUCAUGUAAGGGGUCCUAAGCAGUUUUUGUUCUGAACAUGAUAUAUUCUUUUGUAUGUACAUAAGAUUGCACUGUUGACAGAACAGCUUUAUAUUUUUACGAAAUGUCAAUAGUAUUUAUUUAGCUAGAGAUAUUUUAUUUUGGUUCUAUUUUGGAUGGAAAUUAAAAAUUUAAGAGUGAAUGAAAAACGUUCCCUUAUAAAAUAAGUUAUUCUUUUAGUCUAAUUUUGUGGUAAGAAAUGAAAUUCACUGUUUGGGGAUGUUUUAAUGUCUUGAUUACUGUACUGUUAUGCCUGAGCGUGGAUGCACACAUAAGGAUAACACAGAUUGUCAAAACUCU